UCUAGUGAAACUUGCGCCUGUUUGAUGAUAAAUGUACACUGCGUCGACCGAGGGACAUUUCUACACAUUUAUUAAGUUAAUCAUAAACUCUCACUUAUGAUUAAAGGGACUUCCAGCAAGUUUGGACACAGACGAUUGCGGACUUAACCAAGGCGUGGAAAGUUUAAAUGGACUUUAAAUGCGAUGAUGUCGUACUCAUGAAGGUGGCAUGGGUGUAUGGAUUUUAUUGAAACCGCAAAGUAUUUCCAAAGGAAGUCUGAUAACAUUGGAUGCCGAGGAUUAAUGUUAUUUUGUUUUGAUCCACUGCUCGGACCGAGAACAACAAUGUAACACCUGCUUUUUACCCAACACUCUCUUAUUUUUAUGGUAAAAGUUGUGUUUUUUUAAAUCUGACUUCUCUCUGAAGAGGAAUAAAUGAUCGUUGACAUUUGGCCCGAAAUACGAGUCUAAAAGAAGAGCAUUAAUGGAUGAAAAGAUUCUACUUUGAGCUUCAAGUGAAAAAGUGCCUCAAGCAAGGUCGGGAGAUGUGUGAAGGAGUGUGACGGACGGCCAUGGGACUGGAGAGACGGUGGCUUCAGGCUGUCACCACUGCUGUAGCCAUCUGUCUGCUAAGUGUGUCUCAAGGUGAGGCAUCAUUGGUCCCGGCCAGAGAGGGGGCCUCUGCAGAGCUGAGCUGCAAUCUCAGUCCUCCGUCCAAAGAAUUCACCACCCCAAACCUCUUUCCUCUGCAUGUGGUGGAAUGGGUGCGCCUCGGUUACAACGUUCCCAUCCUCAUCAAAUUUGGAGUAUACGCUCCUCGAGUUCAUCCAAACUACAAGGGCCGUGUGUCUCUGACCCGGGGUGCCUCUCUGCGGAUUGAGCGGCUGACCCUGGAGGACGAGGGCUGGUUCGAAUGUCGCAUCCUGCUCCUGGACAGCAAAAAAGACGACUUUAGAAACGGCACAUGGACCUUCCUCUCCAUCACAGCUCCACCUGUGUUUAUAAAGACUCCUCCAACUUUCGUGGAGGUUCUGCUCGGAGACUCGCUGACUCUCAGCUGUGGAGCCCAUGGCAACCCUCGACCAACUGUUGUCUGGCAUAAAGAUGAGAGCCGAAUCGAGAAACAUGAAAAAAUUAAAGUGCUCAAUGGUACCUUGUCUUUGGCCUCCGUCGAGAGAAAUGUUUCAGGAACAUACAAAUGUCACGUGUCCAACUCCGAGGGGAAUCUCACCCACUUCCUGCAGCUGCAGGUCAAAGGACCUCCAAUCAUCAUCAUCUCCCCAGAGGACACCACCCUCAACAUGUCCCAGGAUGCAGUUCUGCAGUGCCAGGCUGACGCCUACCCUUCUAACCUCAGCUAUGAGUGGCUGAAACAAGGACAGAAUGUUUACCAUAUUGAGUCCCUGAAGACCAGAGUGAAGGUUUUGGUGGAUGGAACACUUCUUAUCCCUAAUCUCAUCCCAGAGGAUACCGGAAACUACACCUGCAUCCCGACUAAUGGGUUACUCACCCCGCCCUCUGCCUCUGCGCACCUCAAAGUGAAACACCCUGCACGCGUGGUCCGAAUGUCCCGGGAAACGUACUUGCCUGCGGGCAUGGAGGGGCGCAUUAUCUGCCCCGUCCAGGCUGACCCCCCUGUGCUGUAUGUCAACUGGACCAAAGAUGGGAACGAUUUGAAUCUUGACAACUUUCCAGGUUGGAUAGUGAACUCAGAGGGCUCCGUGUUUAUUGCAACAGCCAAUGACAACGCUGUAGGCAUGUACACAUGUACGGCCUACAACAGCUAUGGCACCAUGGGGAAGUCUGAACCCACAAAGGUCAUUUUGCAGGACCCCCCAACAUUAAAUGUGCCUCCUCGGACUGAGUAUCUCCAGGAGGUGGGCCGAGACUUGAUCAUCCCCUGUGAAGCCUCUGGAGACCCCGCUCCAAACGUAACCUGGAGCAAGAUUGGCCCUUCUCCUCGCUCCGAGUACGCCGUGUUAGCUAACGGCUCCCUCCUGCUGCAGCCGCUCAGUAAAGACCACCAUGGGGGCUGGGAGUGCUUGGCCACUAAUCGUGUUGCAACUGUCAGCGCAGGCACUGUGGUCAUGGUGCUCGGCACCAGUCCUCAUGUUGUGUCCUCAGUAAAUGUCGAUACAGAGAUGAAUCAGGCCAAUGUGUCCUGGGUGCCUGGCUUUGAUGGUGGAUACACCCAGAAGUACACUGUGUGGUUCAAGCAGGCAUCCAGAGGGAAACAUGAAUGGGCCUCUCUGCCUGUGCCGACUUCCAAAAACUACCUGCUGGUGACCGGGCUUCUUGCUGGCACUGGCUAUCAGUUCAGCAUCCUACCUCAGAAUAAACUCGGCUCUGGACCUUUCAGUGAGAUCGCUUCUGUGCGAACACUAGCUGUGCCAACAGAAGCACCUACAGUCGUCACCAUUCUCCCAAUGCUGGAUCCUCCAAUGUUCCUGUCAGCCAACCGCACGGACCAAGGUGUUCUCCUCCAGUGGUUUCCUCCUGAGGCUCCGUCUGCUCCACUGACCAGCUUUGUGCUGCAGGCCCGCAGGGACCAGGGCCAGUGGCUCAUCCUCAGCAGCAACAUCAGGGCCAAUCAGAGUGAAGUACUUGUAAAAGGACUGCUAAGGGACUCCAGUUAUGAUCUGAGGCUGAUGUCUCGCAGCAACAAGCUUCUUAGUGAACCGAGUGAGUCCGUCAAUGUUUCCACAACAGGGAUGGAGAUUUACCCCGUGCGCCCGAGUUUCUUGGAGUUCAUCCCAGAGCCCCUGUUGGCCGGUGUGUUGGGAGGAGUGUGCUUCCUGUUUGUGGCCAUCAUCCUCUCGCUGGUGACGGCAUGCUACAUGAGCCAGAGGAGACAGCGUCGGCGCAGAAAGAGAAGACAAGAUCUCCCAUCAGCUCUGCAGAAGAGCCCAUCUCAAGAUGUUCGCUCACCUCCUCGCAGCCCGGACAGUGUCCUAAAGCUGAAGCUGUGUCCGCCGCUCCCCUUCUUCCCCAACUCCUCCUCACACUCUGAUCGGUCGUCCUUUGAUAAAGGCAGCCGUGGGGAAUACCACGACCAGCGGAAACAGCUCCUGUCCAACUCGUCUCCACCGCCACACUACACACUCUUUGAGAGUCACCUGGGCUCUCAGGCUCUGGAGUCCAUCUCCAGAGGCCCCGAUGGACGCUUCAUUAUGCAACCGCUGCAAGAGGAAUCAAGUCCCUCCAAUAAGAACGUGAAGAAGGAAGUCCUGCAAAUGAAUGGCGGGGCAAGUGGCUCAGGGAGCAACAGGACUUCAUUCAGAGACUCUCCAAAGUCAAGUCUCUUGAGCUCAGAGAAGGACGAGAGGAAGGAUUCUCCUCUCACUGUGGACGUCCCGGAGCUGAGCAGACCUCCCUCCUCUCCUGGAAGAGUACAGGCCAUGGCCAGAAACUUCUCCCGCCACGGCUGCUUUUAUUCUGACGAGGAACAAGGCUCAGAGGCUCUGUUGGAGAGAGCCAGCUUCUACUCGGACAACAGCGAGUUAAAACCCAGCGAUUCUCUCAGGAGGCCUCGCAUGCCGGGCCACGCUGAAGACCUGUUCCCGAGUUUGGGGAGGAGAACAAAGCUGCUGGAUAGAAACAGACCACAUCGUCCAGGCUACCAUGCUAUGGAGAGUCAGCUGACUGAUGACAGCACCAUGGUCUCACAACUCGACAGUGAGCUGGCGAGCGAUAGCAUUAACAAAUGUGUCCGACUGGCAAAGGAGAGGGAAGAAAUGGAGCGGGAGCUGGAGAACUACACAGCGGAACAAAGAAGUCGAGGGAGAGACGAGCGACAGUCUAAUAAGACAAAAAGUCCUCAAAGAGACUCGCCACAAUCAGAGGAAGAGCCUGUAUGGAAGCCACAAGACGUUACCAUCAGACAGAAACCCAGGCCCUCAUCUCAGACUAGUCGUGUAUCUGACUAUCGGAAAGCGUGCUACUUCGGGAACACCAGCAGUCCCUCUGACCGGCUCCCUACGUCCCGCAUACAGUGGGACAUCAGCCCGGUAACAUCGAGGACCAGCCUCAUUCCUGUGCAGAGCCCCCGGGAGACCUCAUCGCCCAGAUCCCUGCACGCUCGCACAUGUAGAGAGAUCACAGAGGACUCUCUUGCUGUUGAUUCCUCACGCUCUCCGGUCACCCAGAACACCUCCCUCCCCCUGCUCUCCCCCGACGUCUCCUCAGAAAGCCCCCCUAUCCUGUGUCUAGAAACACCAGACAGAGCCAGGUCCUUGAGUCCUCUACAAGAUAGAUGCAGGAAGUCCAUGACUGAGCAGGGCUUUAGGGAAAGGACACGGGAUGGAGGUGUUGCUACGAGGUCCAGACAUUCAUAUGCUAAUGCCACUAGUCAGCCCUGGGACUCAUCUGCCCGAAGUCCUCCAGUUGACCGUGAGAGGCCUGAAAGUUCACUCUCUGCCCCAUACCACCAGCCUGAGGGGACUGAAAACUACUACACAGCUAAGAGGGAUCCCAGUCCAUCCAGUUAUUCUACCUUACCCUAUGAGCACCAUGAAAUAGGAGCAAAGGCCAAAGAUGACCGACGUAGUUCAGGUUUAGAAAGAGAGGGUCUGCGAACGCGUUCCAGGAGAAGUGACAAAUGUCUCUUCUCUGAUAGUCCAAGUCCUAUUUCCACAUUGACACUUGUAGAAGAGGUUGAUAGUGACCAGUCACAGUUUUCUGUCCCUAUGAUGUCAGGGUCCUUUAAGGCCAAGCCAGCAGCUCCAUCUGUCCAAAUGUCCCCUCUGCAGACAAGUGCAAUUCUUGAAUACCUGAGCCUCCCAGGGUUUAUAGAAAUGAGCGUAGAUGAGCCGGUGGAAGACACUGCAGUCUCAGACACUGCAGUCCCAGACACCACUGGGCAAAGUUCAGAACUACAGCCAGAAAAGUCCCCCGGGCCUAAGCCUGAUGUGGUUCCCAGAAACUGGGAGGUUCAUGUUCAGGAUAACCGGGAAACAACCUCAAACCAACCCUCUGCAGGAGCUGGAGAGGCCAGCCUGCAUGAGGGUAGAAAACAAAGACAUAAACGCACCCUCCCACAUCUGGAAGCUAGAGAUUCUUCACACAGAGUAAGAUUUCCAGAUGAGCCAUCGUCGCCUGGUCCAGAAAAAACUAGCAAGCAGCUCUAUAAUGAGAAAACACUAAACCGAGCGGGGAACAAGAGCACAGACAGACCUGAAUCCAGGAUAGGAUCCAGGUCGGCUCAGUCCUUGUUCAGUGCAGCUAGAGGAAUGGCCGACUUAGUGUCCAAACACUCACAGAGUUUUGUAGAAAGUAGUGAGUCUUUAUUAGAGCAACCCCAAAGACAAGCUUCUCAGGGCAGCAGGACUAACAACAUUGCAUCGCGGAUAAGUCAAGCCCCUGUGCCAUUUCUAAAGAAGUCCUUGAGCAUCGGGCCGUGUAGGACCCUCUCAGGUAUGGGCCCCCCUCGACCUUUCCUAAAGAAAUCCAUCAGUUUAGGCUCACAGAGGUGGGAGCACUUCGAGAGCCCGAGGGCAUAUAUUUCUGAGAAAUGUUACUGGGACGAGUACCAAAACCCAGACGUCAGGGUGAAGUCUUAUAGUUUGGGACGCAGCCCGCCCUCCUUCAUCAGGCCGGGCCCCUCCUGGAGGGAGUACAUUCCGUUCAGACGCCCCAGCAUGGGCAGCUUAGAGACGCCUCACCCCCAUCAAAGACCUUUAGCUAGUCCUUCCUACCUCACCGCCUCCAUGUACCCCCCCAGACAAACCUCAAUGUCCCCCAUGAUGGAGCCCAUAGAUCCCAGACGGCAGGCCACUGUUUUCCCAGAAUCCUCCAGGUGGUCUCCCUCUUAUCAAGAACCUAUGAGGUCCUCCCAGUAUAAAUAUGUCGCCAUGCCCUCUUCCAUCCCUGUCCCCCAGUACCAGCACUGGCCAGGAUCCAGAGCAGACAACAUGAGGCACAUGGAGCCCAACAGGGGCCCCCCGAGGUCCUACCUGCCCCGGGGCGUCAGCUGGCCCUCCCCUCACUACGCCCCCUUCCCCCCCAGAGAGGCAGAGACUUACAGACAGCCAGACAGGGUGAUGAGGAGGGGAGGGGAGACAGACAUACGGGAGGGGGGGAGGACCAGUUAUGCCAGUCAGAGCAGUGGGAGGGGUAGCGCCGGGCUCUUCCGUCAGUCCCUGUCCAUCACCCCCACGCUGCUCAGCUCCCCCGAGACCACGGAGGAGGGCGAGGGGCACCGAGCGGAGACGGAGCUUCCUGAGAGGAGAGCCAAAAGAAGGAACACGUCAGUAGAUGAGAGUUAUGAGUGGGACUCUGCUGAUGCGUGUGUGGACUCGGAGGUCCUGGAGGCCAUGAGGUUUGAUCAGUCGCACACGGGUUCACGGAGAUGCCGGUCGGAACUCAGAUAUGAUCAAACCGCUGGCCUGCGGGACGAGCGACAGAAAGGCCCGUGUCCCUCAGUCAGCCCACCAGUUUCCAACCCACCUCUCCAGCUCAGCCGCUCCCUCAGCGAGGCGCGCUUCAACGCCCUGCGGCAGGAGUACCAGCAGUACAGGCAGGCUCAGGGGUCCUCGUGUUCCCGGGGGCCCCGCCUCUCCCACGACUCUGACUCUGACUCCGGCUCAGCGCUGCUCUAGCAGAUUCAUCGGUUUAUCUCAGACAGAUACCAAAAAGCAGACUUAAGUAACAGAAGACAUCCCUCUGGUCCUGGACAGUGUCACACCUCACUGGAACUCUCAUGUGAAAUAACUCAUUGUCUAAAGUUGUUUCCCUCUGUUACAGUAGCCGAAAGUGAAGACAUUUAAAGAGACAGCACCAUAUGCUGCAUGCCAUCAAACUUCAACUCCUCGGUUGUUAACAGAUGACAUUUUAUUUUUCUUAUACUUGUUCCAUUUUGCUUGGCAUAAUGAAACUGAGAAGGGAUUAUUUAUUUUUCUAAGAAGCUUGUGCAUUUUGGGAUUGUUUUUAUUUUUUCUAACCUUGACAAUCAGGCACACAGGGCCCUUUGAGAAAUGAAAUGCUCACCCUCGACUAAGGCAGGUUUACAGUUACAAAAAGACAGGCUUUAUAAAAGCAGCUACAUAAUGCAGGUUGUAUUUCAAGUUUAUUUCUGUAUCGCAUCGAAGACUUCCCUUUAUUCAUAAAGGGAUGCUAAGGACGAUUAUGUAGGUCUGUCUAAGAAAGCAUCUGUUUGUGGAAAUCUGUCUGUAAUGAUAAUCAAACAGUGCUCUAAAUAUUUUUAACACAACCUCCCUAGGAAUACUACAGAAGUACUAAUAGUACCCACAUGAUUAAGCAACCCUGACUUUCGUACUUUGGUAAAAAAAAUCUCCGAUCAGUUCAUGAUAAACUUCCUGUUACCUCAAACAAUAAUUUUCUCUAUUUAAAAGAAGAAUUUGUUCGUUUUUUCCUGUUAGUUCCCUGAAGUAUUUCCUGUUUUAUACAUUUAGUUCACAAUAACGUUCCACUGUCAAGCCUCUUUUAAUGAAAUCACUUUAUAUAGUUCCCAGUAUUUGUAAAAAAUGUACAAAUGUUUAUAUGUACCUUAAUGAACCCUGCUGUGUAUAUUCCUCUUCACCAUGUCAUCGGAUGAGAAAAUGCUACUUUACUCCACCUGAAUCAGUCUAACCUUCCCUCUGUGAUUAAAUGACAGAUACAGUAACACUUGAACACAGGGAAAAUUAUUUUUGCCUUAU